AUGUCUGAAAUCGUUCUCGAAGCAUCAUCCACCCGUUUCUCGAAUGGAGAGACCUACUCGCUACAUGCUCCAUGCGGUGGUGCUCUCAGCGUCAUCCCGGGCAAGUAUCUCUCAGAAGAAGUCCAUAUCAGACCUUGGGAGCACGCCCGCAAUCAGCUUUGGCGCGCAGAGGCCAACAAUGACGGCUUUGGUUUCCGCAAUACGAGUACUGGAAAGCUCUUGGGGGUCAACAAGAAUGGAGAUAUCGCCUGCGUUGCCAGUGAGCUGAAUGACUGGGAAAGAUUCAAGUUUGGAAGUGGCGACUCCGGCACCAUAUUCUAUGUCAUCUUUGUAUCAGCAAUACCUUCACCAGCCAGCCCAGUGAGACUCUCUUCAAGGCACUGA